CUUCUCUCCAUCACCUUCCUGUUCUCGUUUCCCUCUAACUGCUUCCGGUUCCCUCACCAAGUGUGCAAUGCAAGUUCUUCAAGGGGCGUCUCACGUGUCGAUUCACAGUGCCACUUUUAACAACAUAGAUGGGGAUCAAAUAAUCAAUAAUUACACCACUGUUAUCAAAGACAAAAAAGAUCGUACGAUUUACGAGGAGUUCAAUUAUAUCAAGCUUGGAAAUAUACGCAGCAUCGAGGAUAUUUACCGCGAAGAUUGUGUGCAGUGGACACAACAUGAUUGGGGGUUGGAAGGAGCCAGGCUUCACGCGGAGAGAAAGAUUUCUACUGCUAAGAUUGAAGGUAAACGGGGGAAGUUUACGGUGGUCUCAUAUAGUGGUGAGAGAGCCACAGAGAUUUGGGAGGAAGAUUUCCGGAAGCACUCGCAAGCCCGGGACGCUCUGAAGAUGCAGCUGUUCGGAAUCAACCAAUCACACAUCCCCAUGCUGAUAUUCUUCGACGAGCUUGUUCCUCUCGGCAGCGGGAGGUGGGAACUGAUUCAUCCACUCGGGAAAGCUUACCUCAAUGCCCUUUCAAGGGGCUGGGGAUGCAGCGAACACAACCUGUGGAUCGAUCCAAAGCAUGGGAAAUUAAUCCGCGGAAUGGAAGGGCCCAAGUGUCCGGGAAAUUUGAUGAAUUUUCUUCCCUCAUUGACUAACGACGAAACCCCAUCAACCAUCAACUGUUUACAGGAAGAUGUUGUGUUUCGUUACCUUUCCCGGCUUCCGUUAGACAAGGAAUUCGACAAGAGAGUUUUAUCGGCACUCACAUGGAAACUUCCCAGUCCGGUGCUUAAUCUUACGGAUAUGAAGACCAAUCGGUCACUUAUCCUCCCAGCCUUAACAAACCGCCCAAUUGCAGUAGGACGUCUACUUUGGAGAAGCGCCCACAAUCGGAAAUGCCUUGAUUCCAGAGUGAUGAUGGCAGAUGGAAAGAUACGGUUCACCCUCGUCAAAGACUCAAAAUAUCUCUAUGUCCAAGUAGUAUCACGACCUUCGGAAGACGAGGCUGCCUGGCUGUCCCAAGCUUCAAGUGUCUUCCACAAACAUGGAAUUCCGUUGGGUGGGGACCUCUCCCAAUAUGAACUUAUUGUGCCGGAUAUUCAAAUGUCAGGUCAAGUCGAUGAGUCGGAAGCUUCGCGUCAGCUGCGCCAGAGUGUCUCUAAAAUCUACCUCUUCGUCCUCUCUUCUUCAUACGCCCAUUUCUGGUCUCACGAUGCAACUGGCCGCAAACGGAUUCGAACAAAGACAUGCGAAUACCUUGGUCUUCCGAUCAAAUUUGAUGUAGAAGUAUAUGCGUCCCGUAAACUUUCCUGGCCAUCUAAGAUGUACAAGGACAUCCAUAACUGGCAGGUCCAUCGAAAGUUUGACCCGACAACCGCCAAUUUUGCUUCUUACUUGGGAUAUUUCACCUACAAGGUUGUACGAGCGAAGGAGAGUCAAUUUGAGGAAUUGGAAAAUGACAGCGAGGAGGACUUCGCACUCGCUCAGCUCUUUCACCAUGAUCUUGACGCCGUUAUCUUGCGCCAUGCGCCCUCUGGCCCAGAGGUUUCCCAGAGGCAAUCUGUUGCCGGGAAGACACUCAAUCGGUCGAUAGCAACUGCAAGAAAGAGCGCGAUGACAACACGCCGCACUACGUUACCUCAAUCCCAUCCGACGUCAUCUGGCCAUAUACCUCGCCCUCCGGUUUCUACUUCGCUCAAACGCCCGAAAGAGCCUGGACUGGGACACGACCGUAAUCGGGUGAGGUCAUCUCGCAAGGUAGAAUACAUAGAUAUAUUCGUUCUCAUUCGCGUUGGUAGGAGGAGCCUUCGAAAACCGAACUUGAAAAAGGGAAAGGGAAACAAUCGAAUGCAAACUCGAGUACCGCAAAAAUUCCGGCAAAGCUGCUCAAUGGGCAUAUGACAUUGAAGGCACCGAGCCGAGGAGCAGAACCUUCAGGUGGAACGCAGCGAGGGUCGAUAUGGCGGUAGUAAAUAGGUCGUAGUUCCUUCUCCAAACAUCCUUUCCCCUCCCCCCUACUGAUCUCCUUCCUCCCGCCCGGAAUCGGUUUCUUUGAGUUACCCUGUAGUACAAUUCGACGUCGAAGUUGUAAUGGGACGCAUAAAGCAUGGAGGAUGCGCGCUGGGCACGUGUAGAGGAACGAUCGUGGAGUGGUGAAAUAGGAAUCAGGAUAUAACUUCUUUAGCCGGUGGAUGAUCGUAGGUUGAAUAGAUAAUCUGGGCCGUAAGGAUAACCUCGAGCCGUUCAUGCAGUAAGAAUCGUUCAAGAAGCUAGGGCGAGCAAAGGAGGUGGCUACUGGCACGUAGGUUGGAUCUUGGAGUGUUGGCGUUUCAGCUAGAUGUUGAGUCGCAGAUUAGUGCAAGUAGGACAGUACAAGCAAGAUGAGAACGUGGCUGUCCAGACCAUUUCCGUACUCCACUGACUUCAUGGUAGAUACUAGAAUCCACAUGGGAAAGCCACACAGAUGAGCUAGAGAGUGAGUUUACGGCCAACUUGUCUCCAAGUGCAUGAGAGCUCGAAAUUGAAGUUGACGGGAGAACGAAU